AUUAGAAACACGAUUUUUUUUUCAUUCAGAACACGCAGUUGUCCUAAAAAAAAAAGAUGGCGUUGAUUCAUUUUAUAAUUUUGUUAUCUGCAUACCAAAUAUUUCACGUUGAGGCUGGUAUAUAUACUCCACAUGAAAAUUUACCUGAUGGUGUUAUAACAAAAUAUUUAAAAGGGAAAACUGAAGUAAGCUGUGUGUUGCAGUGUGAAAGAGAUGGAAAAUGUGAUGAAGCCAUGUUUAAGUUGAAUGAUAAACAGAGAAGAAGUGGCGAGUGCUGGUUUAUGAAGAAAAUAUCUAACGAUACUAAAAAUGAAAUCAAAGACAUGAAACAGGAUAAAUCUAUUAAAAGCCUUAAGAAACUACCUAUAUGUGGUAAGACUCCAUGUUAUUUUGGAACAUGUGUGAAAACAGACGAUUCUAAAGAAUACAAAUGCAAAUGUAAAGAUAAAUGGACACUCAUACAGAGAAACGUUUGCUUCGGAGCACUGCCAAACGAAUUUGGGAAAUUCAAAAUACCGCACAAUGCAGUGAUGUACGGUAUAAAGUUGCAACAUGUUGGUGAAAGUAGUCUGAAAUGCAACGAUGAUGCUAACCCAUCGAAAUGGGGUUGUGACUAUGUGGAUCCCUGGAUUAUCGAAAAGGUGGGUGUGGUUAUUACGGAUGAACAAAGGAACAUACUUUACCCAUCGACGGAAUAUUACGUCCAGGACGGUUACUAUUCCAUACCAGGAUACAACGGCAACUCACCCUAUGUGAUCUUCAAUUCCACAAAUCACCCUGUUUACAAAGGACAAGAGUUAAGGUUAUAUUUUGGUGAAGCAUUUUAUAAUUUAUAUACAAAUAAUAAUAGUGGGGAAUCCUGUGGUGAUAUAUAUGCCAUUUAUUGUGACCCAUAAACAAAGCGAAACAUACCUAUUCUGUAAAAUGAGACCGUAAAAAGUAGACAAAUUAUUUUUCCUACAUUUCUGACACAUGGCUUUUUGGAGUAUGAGAAUGUGAGUGGGAAAUGUAGAGAUCUUGUAGACAAGAGAGAGCUUAUUUAAGAGGCUUUUUAAAGUUGUGGAAAGACUUUAAACAUUUAAAAACUUCUUUUUUUAAAAACAAACUAAAUAUCUAAACAAAAAAAGUAAAACUUUUACUACUCAUUUUCCCAACCGUUAAAAGACUGCACAAUUUUAGCCUGGUAGAUUACCUGCCUAGCCUGCACUCGCGUGACUUUCGUAACACCGUGAUUUAUGUUCCAACAUGCUACACAUUCACGUUUCUUUUGUGCUUCCCUCUUUACAGGAUUUUAUUAUAUCAUAAAUAAAAUAUGUCAUAAAAAUUAGAGAGGAGUCUAUGCACCAGUUUAUUUUGUGGAAUACUUUUUGCCAUUACAUAUGUUUUCAUAAAAAUUCAGUUGACUUGAUGCAUUGAUUUAGUUUUUUUAAACCUUUCUUAACGUUUUGAGUAAUGCAGCUAAUGAUGAACUGGUUCCUUAAGAACACUGUGCUUCGGAGUUAAGGCUCCCCCGUUAUCAUUCAUUUUUCUCUGGUAUUCUUCUAAGCAGGUUAAGCAUUAAUAAGCGUAUAAAAAUUCAAUUGUAAUGAAGAGCUAAGGCGGGUUAGCACGCGUGGCAUGUCACGUCAUGUUGUUAGGCAUGUAAGAGUUGUAGGCAUAAAAACAAACAAUGCACGUAUUUUUUUAAGCACUUUAGAGAUUUUUGUGAUUAUAUGGUGCUUUUUUCUGAAACAGAUUUUAGAAGAAUGUUGUGGAGAACAGAGUAUAUAAAAGCAAUAGGUUUUUUUAUUGUUAUUUACGGCACUUUAAUUUAUGAGCCAAUUUCUUUUGUUUUAUGAUUUUUACACGUGUACGAUUUUUAGGAUGUGCUCACAGUUGAAAAUAUACUUUAAAAAAUGUUUUCUUACAAAUGUGUAUGUAUUGUUUUAGGAAUAAAUUUACUGCACAUUGUAGAUACUAUUUCUGUUAUAUUGUACCAUAAAAUUCAAAGUUCUUUCUACCAAAGGACCAAAUUA